CUGAUGAGAGGAGCAUGCUUGCACAUUAUGCAACUAAUAUACCGCUGAAUGUGUUCGGACGGACGCGGGCGUAAAGCUCUCAGGAAUGUUAAUGGCUAUUUGUGUAGUUUUUCAGUUUACAUUAAUUCACAUGAAGACAUUUAAUGCAUGUAUGCAAGUUGCUAAUUAUGACUUUCGAAGCUUUAAACCCUGGAGAUGCCUUCAAGUUGGGCAUUUUAGGAAUUGUUGAAAAGAGGUCCCUGGAUGCCCCACGGUGCCUUGUCCUCGGCCGCCCGGUGCUUCCCAAUGGCCGGGAGUUGACCCCGCCCACCAGGAUGACGCUGCGCGAGCAGCUAAGGGAGAAGAUCUCGGCGGCCUUCUACCGCCACGGGCUGCUGUGCGCCUCCUACCCUGUACCCAUCAUCCUCUUCACAUCUGCUAGCAUCCUCACCUGCUGCUAUCCGUUGUUGAGGCUUCCUCUGCCUGGGACGGGUCCUGUGGAGUUCACCACAGGGGUGCGAGACUACAGCGUCCCUUCCCAUGAGCCACAGGGAGACUUCGGAGAACGGCCCGACUGGUAUCGGGGUCCUCCGGUCGCCUACAUCCAGCAGGUGUUGGUGAAGGCGGCGGUGUCUCCGUGGGAAAGCAGCCUGGUGCCGGUGGACAUGUUCCGGUCGCCGCUGGGCCAAGUCUUCAGCCUGCUGGAGGAGAUCCGCAACCACGUCUACUCUGACAGCUCCGGGGUUCGGAGUCUGGAGGCGCUGUGUCUCCAGGUGACGGACCUGUUUCCAGGGUUACGGCGGAUGCAGUCGGUGCUGCCAGAGCACGGCUGCCUGCUCGUUUCUCCCGGAAACUACUGGCAGAACCAGCGGGAGCUGUUCGACUCGGACCCCGACCUCCUGAAGACCAUCCAGAAGCACGAACCGAAAGGCCUGCACACCUCGGCCACGCUGCGAGACCUGCUGUUUGGCGUUCCCGGGAAAUACACAGGUGUCAGUCACUACAACAGGAAGAGGGUGGUGACUUACACUAUCACUGUGGUGCUGUCCAGCUACGACGCCAGGUCAGUUUCUCGCAGCCUGCGGUCUCGCCUGAAGCAGCUCCACCCGUCGGCCAACUGCAGCCUGAGAGACGACCACAUGGUUCACGUCCACUUCAAGGAGGAGAUCGGCAUCGCUGAGCUCAUCCCGCUCGUCACCACAUACAUCAUCCUGUUUGCCUACAUCUACUUCUCCACACGUAAGAUCGACAUGGUGAAGUCUAAGUGGGGUCUGGCUCUGGCUGCUGUGGUCACCGUCCUCAGCUCUCUGCUCAUGUCUGUGGGACUGUGCACACUGUUUGGACUCACACCCACGCUCAAUGGAGGUGAGAUCUUUCCGUACCUCGUGGUGGUGAUCGGCCUGGAGAACGUCUUGGUCCUCACUAAGUCUGUGGUGUCCACGCCCGUCGACCUCGAGGUCAAACUCCGCAUCGCUCAGGGGUGGCAGCUCUGGGUCUGGCGGCGGGCGUCCUGCUGGUUCUGCUGCUCUUCUGUCUCUACCGGGUUCUGUGUCCGAGGAACUACGGGCAGAACGGUGUCUCCCACGGGCGCCGGCGCCGAGGGGACCUGCCCUGCGACGAUUACGGCUACUCGCCGCCCGUCAGCGAGAUCUCACCGCUGCUUCUGAGGGGCCACAGCAUGGACAUCGAGUGUUUGGCCAGUGACGGGAUGCUGCUGGCCAGCUGUUGUCUGGCGGGACAGAUUCGGGUUUGGGACGCUCAGACCGGAGACUGUCUGACUGUCAUCCCGAACCACGGUCUGCGGCGGAGCAGCAGCAGCGGUUGCUGGGAUCAGCGUGACGGUUGGGACAACAUGAGCGGAGCCGCAGAGUCCGAGUGUCUGGGCUCGGAGGGUCGCGACGCCUCCGUCUGCGGCGACGGCCUAUCGGAGGACGAGGGCUACCCGCUGCGACGCCGCACCGCCCCCGCCCGACCCACCCUGUUCAACGACCAACCCGAUCUCACCCCGCUCAUCGACACCAACUUCACCUCGCAGCCUCCCUGCCACCUCGCCACUCCGCCCAGGGGAGGCUUCGACUUCGGAGGCCUGGUGGAGCGAGCGUACAUGGAGCACGAGCCCCCCUCCCCCUCCGCCUACCCGUCUCCUUCCUCGGCAUCGUCCUCGCCGCCCUCGGGUGCUCCGCUGCACAGUUUAGGGGAGGCGGGAGCUCCGGUGAACCAGGAGAGGGCGUCCGCAGCAGGAGGGACGCAGGCCACCGCUGACUGGGAGAGCUCGGUGUGGGCCAUGGAGCUGAGAGGAAACCUGAUCGCUGCUGGGAGGAGCAGCGGGAAACUGGAGUUGUGGGACGCGGUGGAAGGGUCGUUACGCUGCAGUAAUGAAGACGGCGUCUCGGGGAUCACAGCUCUCGCCUUCCUCAACAACAGGAUCGUAGCGGCUCGGCUGAACGGGUCUCUAGAUUUCUUCACCGUUGAGAUAAACAAACCUCUGGGUCUGCUGCAGUACAGAGGUGCCCCCGGGCGAGGCAGCAUGCCCCCCUCUCCCUGUUACAGCAGCGAGGACGUGAUCAGCUGCCAGCUCACGCGCUCGGUGCAGUGCGCUCAUCAGAAGCCGAUCACGGUGCUGCGAGCGGCGGCCGGACGGGUGGUGACCGGCAGCCAGGAUCACACUGUCCGGAUUUACCGUCUGGAGGACUCGUGCUGCCUCUUCACCCUACAGGGUCACUCUGGAGGGAUCACAGCCAUUUACAUAGACCAGACGAUGGUUCUGGCGAGCGGCGGGCAGGACGGUGCCAUCUGCCUGUGGGACGUGUUGACAGGGAGCCGGGUCAGCCACGUUUACGGUCACCGUGGCGACGUCACCUCGCUGGUCUGCACCACCUCGUGUGUCAUCAGCUCAGGACUGGAUGACCUCAUAUGUAUCUGGGACCGCAGCACCGGGAUCAAGCUCUACUCCAUACAGCAGGAGGUGGGCUGUGGAGCCAGUCUAGGAGUGAUCUCAGAGUCUCUGCUGGUGACGGGGGGCCAAGGCUGCGUCUCCUUCUGGGACCUGAACUUUGGGGACCUGCUGCAGACGGUCUACUUGGGCCAGAGCAGCGACGGCCAAGGCAUCCGACAGCUGCUGGUGCUCGACAACGCCGCCAUCGUGUGCGACUUCGGCAGCGAGCUCAGCCUGGUGUACGUACCGUCGGUGCUGGAGAAACUGGACUGAAAGACGGGCGGACGCGGCAAUUUUUAACGUUGGUGGGAGCACUCGAAGAAAAAGACACUCAGAACAUUCUCUUCAUCGUUGCGACUUUCCCGCUCUUUUUUUUUUUUGCUCUUUUUUUGUUGUUGUUGUUUCUCGAUCAUUAGAUCACACAUGUGCAUACUACGCUCUUUUUUUAAUAGCAGUGAGUUUAAAUACUGGGUGUAAGGACAGAGAUCAAUCUGAGGACUGACGCUGCAAAACUGCUGCAUUGUAUCAUCAGAGGGCUGCAGACGCCCUCCAUCGUGACACGUUGACUUUUUCUUUUUUCUCUUUUUUUUUUUACGAGGGGUCGUGAAGUCCGUUCAACAAACAGCUGGAUGUUUUUCUCCUCGCCCUAAAAAGAGGAUCGACCGGUUUGUGCUUUUUUUUUUUUAUGUGUGCGUGCGUGCGUUUGUUUUUGUGGCUCUGCCCUCUAUGCUGCUGAUACGAGUGGGGGGGAGGGGCUUCCCACCCGCUCUCCCCCCCCCCCCCCCCCAAGAGAGGAAGAUGAAACUUCUGUCUUCUUUAUUUUUAAAAAAAAAUAUUCCUGCUGCCUCGUUCGCUCGACAGCGAAAGCGCAGCCACAGCUCGACGGGUCCAUGCCGCCUGUCGGGAUAAGCUAAGCAGUUAUACAUAAAUGUGUGUGUGUGUGUGUGUGUGUGUGUGUGUGUGACUGAGUGUGUGAAUGAAUCUAUGCCCUUUUUAUGGCGAAACACUGCUGAGAACAAAAAUCAAUUGGUUACGUGUGUGUGUGUGCGUGUGUGCGUGUGUGUGUGUGUGUGUGUGUGAGAACUGAUGAUUACUGUAUAAAGUAAACCUCCAGAGGGGGCUGUUUUUAUAUGUAUAAAUCUAUUAUUUAUUAGCGAUACAUUUUUAAUAACAGUUUGUUUAUGAAUGACUAAUCCUGGCUCUGAAACAAGAUUAUAAUAAUGUGGACAUGAUGACAUAACUGUAAGAUGGUGAUUUUUUUAUUUUUUAUUUUUUUGUUAGGUGGGGCGUUUGGUUUUAGAGUAAUUCUUUGUAAUAUUGAACUGGAGACACUGAAGUGUUUUUUUUUUUUUUUUUUAAAGAGUCGAGGGUUAAAAGGUUCGGCCUUUAUCCCGACCUCGGCUUCUGAUUCUGGGGUUACUGAUGCUGUUUCAGGCCUCCCCCCCCCCCCCCCUCCCCCUCUUGAGGCCCCCUCAGCCCCUGUAUACUACACCUUCAUCAGGCUACCUCCAUUUUCCAAAACUUGCUUGAAUUUUGGACGAGAAUACUGACGUCGCUCUGCACAGGCUGUCAUCGGCCGACGUCAUGUUUACAUUGGCUACUGUAUUUUUUGAUUUUUUUUAAAAAUUGUACCCUUUUUUAAGAGAUUUCUUUCUUUUUUUCUCCAUUUUUUUAAAAUCACUGUUUACUGUAACUGAUUCAUCUUAAAUGGUUUUCAAUCCAGGAUUUCCACAAACAAGAGAUAAAACAACGUCACAUUACCAACACUUUGUAGCCAUCGUCAUGUUGUUGAUGCACACGGACGGUGGAGUUUAUCUUUGAAAGCUGUCCGCCUCUUUGUGUGCAGCCAGUCAGUGAAAAUGUGAAGGCGACAAAUGAUAAAUCGUAAAAGAAGCAAAAAAAUACAUCAAACAAGCAAAAGUCUGGUUUACACCCAAAGACUCAAAGUGUGUCGUUUUUAAAAUGUUGCUCCGUCUUAUUCCCCUAGUAGCUAAAAAUAUACUUAAUAUUUACACAGAUGCUCAAAAGUUUCACCCAGUGUUUCAUAUUUAAGUUUUUUAAUGAAUUGUAUGCAAGUGCAGUGACGCUAUUAAACAUUUUCUUUGCACUUAAAAAAAAAAAACUGGACCAAACAAGCUAAAACUUUUAAUUUCACAUCCAGUUUAUUGGCUCCCAUAAUAUUUUCUUUUCCCUGUUUUUCAUAUCAUUCAUAAAGUCGCUGUAAAAGAUCACAAAGGCAACAAAUGGCCAUCGGUUUCAACCUCAGGCGAACUGUUCAGCCACAGAUGAAAAACAUUGGAAAGCAAAAGCCAUAUGUUGCUUUUUCCUAAUGUAAUUUUUUUUUAAAUUUUUAUAUAUGUGUAUAUAAUGUUUUUAGUUGUGAUGUUUUCAUCUUCUGUGAGCUCCAAAAAACAGCAGCAGUGAAUUUAAAAUGAUUGUGGGAGCAAAAGAAAAACUGUGUUGCAGUCUUAAACAUAUCUAUAAAUCACACAAUAGAGUAAACUACUGUAAUGUUAUAUAAUUCAACAGGCUGAUAAAUGAGCCAAAUACUAAAAGUCUUUCACAUGAGCCUCUGCUAUAGAAGCCUCUUCACUUUUUAACAAGAUUUAGUCGGUAAGGCUGAAAUUCAACCACCAAAAUAUUAAUUUCUCCUAUUUUCCUUCAUUUUUUAGCUCAUCCUCUCACUGAAUACAUAGUUACAUAGUUACAUAGUAAGAGCUUUUAAGUGUUGACUUGCUAACAUAAUCCUCUCACAUGUCAGAUGUAUGACGUAACACUUUUAGCAGCGGUGGGAUGAAUUCAGGUGUGAAGAGUUCAUACUGUGAAAAUCACAUUCUUGCACAAAAAACGUGGGGAUCUAUCGCUAGUCAUUAAAGCUGCAGUCGGUAACUUUGAGGAGAGAGAGGACUUUCAGAUCCCUCCCCCUCCCUCUCCGCUGCACUCCUGCCCUGCCUCCAAAGUCCCUCCCCCAGAGGAGGCUGACGUGCCGUGUAUGCUGUUGUUGGUAACGGAGGUAUCGGUAGUUUUGUCCUCGCUGAUGGUUGUUGCUGCGCCAUUACUUUCUCUACGCUCCUGAAGCUGCUCUCCCGAGCUGAGGAGGAAGGGGG